AUGGCUGCCUCCGACUCACCCAAACGAUUCGCGCCUCUCAAGCCCGGGAGCUCUUCCGAUGCACCCAAGCUGCAGGGCAUCGUAUUCGACAUGGACGGAACUCUUUGUGAACCCCAAAAUUACAUGUUUGGCGAGAUGCGUGCCGCCCUUGGCAUCACUAAGGCUGUCGACAUCAUCGACCACAUGAACUCGCUCCCCGCCGCGGAGCAGCCCGCGGCGCACGCCGCCGUCCAGGGCAUCGAGCGCGCCGCCAUGGCCAAGCAGACGCCGCAGCCGGGCCUCGACGUCCUCAUGCGGUACCUCGACGCGCGCGGCGUCCCCAAGGCCAUUUGCACCCGCAACUUCAACGUACCCGUUGACCACCUUCUGGCCAAGUUCCUCGCCUACACGACGUUUGCGCCCGUCAUCACGCGCGACUUUCAGCCCCCCAAACCCUCGCCCGCUGGCAUCCUGCACAUUGCCCAGCAGUGGGAGCGGCGACGGCAGCGCGACAACGACAGUGCGCCGGUGAGCGCGGACGCAACGGGGCUCAUCAUGGUUGGCGACUCCAUCGACGACAUGACGGCGGGGAGGACGGCGGGCGCGACGACGGUCCUGCUCGUGAAUGACGCCAACAGGGAGCUUGUCGAGCACGCACAUACGGACUUGGUCAUUAGUCGCCUAGACGAGCUUGUGGACAUUCUAGAAAACGGUUUCUAG